UCCCAGGGAGACGCAGGCCUACUUGUCACUUAGCCAGUUAAAUUAGUUGAAAAUGGAUGGAUGCGUCACGGGUGUGUCAUUUGUGAAACACCGUGGCACAUGAACAAAUAAAAGCAGAUGGCUAACUGGAGGGAUAUAUAACUUCAGGGAGGCUCUCCUGUCAAAGCACAUUUCAUCUGUCUUCAUAUGCGUGCUGACACCGUGGACGUAGUUCAUCUUCCAGAGGCAGGGAGGGAAAGUGGCAGUGAAGGAGAGACCCAGAUAGCGGAUGACUCCAGAACAGGGCUGCAUCCAUUCCAGAAAUGAGUUCCUAUUAGGAUGCCCUUCCCUGCCUUUUGCAUCACUGGUGUACACAGUGGAAAUGGAAGAAUUCACAUGGCAGAAUAAGUAAUGUUAAGUAGAUAUAAAAAUGCAACCACUGUGGAACCCACUGCAUGGCUGCUAGGAGAACUAAACGAGGCUUGUAUAUUAUGAAGUUCAGAGAGAAACGCUGGCAGAUGCUUCAUUGUGAUACCUACAAACUGAGAUCGCUUGGGGCAAUAAGUGUAAACCUUGGCCUAACAUCACAAACAAUUUCUUUCUUGGCAAAGUUAAAGAGGCAGAGGAUGUAUUAGCUCCUGCAAUUGUUCCUGAAGCAUUCCCCCGAAGAAUGACAAAAUACCUCAGAAAGGCCUUCCUUUCAAUGACACUGGCACUGUUGUUAUGGCAACACUCACUGGCAGAGCUGCAAUGCACAGCUCACCAGACUUUAAAGAUCUCCCCAUUCCUUCAAACCUCCUCUACCCUCCGCUUACACAACUGUGACUGCAGCGGAGAGGGUGUACAAAUGAAGAAGGAAGAAGGAAUGAAGCAGAGGGAUAUCUGCCCACUGGACAUGUCCAGGAAUUCCUCCUGGGAUCCAGUUUGCCUUGAUGACAGAGCUUACUGAUAUGGAGAGGUCUGUAGAGCAUGUGCUGACAUGUAUUUUUUUUUUUUUAAAUCACCAGCCAUUUUCCCUUUCUCUCAUCCCUUAUUGAUUGUUUGUCAACAUAAGUAGAAUAGGACAUUGACAAGAGUUAUUGUCACUUUAGUGAUGUCUUGAACUGUGUUAAAUACAUAUUUGCUUGUUGGAGUCAUCGAGAGAAAAAAGACAAACUUGACUAAAUGCCUGUAUUUCUUACCAGGAAUCUAUUUUUGCAUUUUUCAGCACUACAGUCAUCAAAUAGCUAGCCAUAUUGGUGUCAUAUCCAAGACUGCUGUUCUCAUAGCCUAUAGGUCUGUUUGUUCUCAUGUGAAGUGUGAGACAUUCACAUGUAUGGUGUCUUAUCCCCAGCUACCCAUCUCUUGUUUGUCUGUUCCCUCUGCUCCUCCCCUCUCCUUUCCUUGUUGGAUCGCCAGAGCUGACCUCCUAGUAGUCGCCAGCCCCACCUCACAGGAGUUCUCCCUCAAGUCUGAGCUCCAUUCACUUUUGUUCUGCAAUCCCUCUGUGACACGGACACGGCUCUGAAAAUGUCCUGGACACAUCCGGCACUUCUGGCUUUGCUGGCCAUCCUUAUCGCCUUGACAUUGUCCAAUGAGGCUGACAGUGCAUCUGUGUCUGAUGAUAAGCCAGACUCCAAGGCAGCUAGCCCACAAGGUGCAAUGAAGAAAAUCUUCAUGCCCGAGGCGGACGCGUUCAACUUUUUCAGACGGCGGACUAGGAGGGGUGUGAAGUCCCAGGAUGAGCUUGAUGUUGAGCAAAGGCAGGUACUGGCUGCAGAUGAACGCAAAAGGGAAUACCACGAGAACCAAAGAAGCAAAUUUGAGAACUAUGCCGAGGAGGAGGGAGACGAGCAGGAUGAAAGGUCCCGUGAGGGCGGCGAGCAGUGGCGAGAAUUCAGCUAUGAUGGCCAGGACCAAUAAUACAACAUGAAUACAACCGCAACACCAUCUGAUGAAUGACAACCAUCACAGAGGAAAAAAACAAGGAGCAGGCGUAAACUAUAGAGGCACUAAUCUAGAAAUGGUGCAUGUUUAAUAGUGACGCAAUUUGAAACCUUAUGGAAUAUGAUACGCUUAUAAAUAAGUACUUGUAAUAAACUAACAUCAUGUAUGUAAUGUAAACAGACUUAUCAGAACUGAAGCUGUACGUAAUAAGGCUUAUAGUGCCAUACACAAAUCAUUUGUAUUUGAUAGUAGGAGAUCAGUAUCUAAAACAUUGAUUUAACUUUAUUCAGUACCAUGUGUUAUUUUCAGUGUUGUGUCCUUCUUAUCUUAACUAGUCAGCUAAAUGUAGUCUUAUUUUUUGCUUUUGUUUUCUUGUAUAUCAGUUGGUUACUUCAUUGUAAAGAUAGGUCCUGGAGGUUGGGACCAACCAUUACUAAAUCUAUGACAUCUAUCAUAACUAAAAUGACUUCUAGCAAAGUAGAAAUUUAAUCCUGUCCAUGUACAUACCAUAUUGUGUUCUGGCCUAAUGGUUUAAAAUAAACUCUAUGGUCUGUA